UUCUCCCACCUCUUCCUCUGUCUCUGUUUUUUAACUUCUCUUUCACCCCUCCUCAAUUUUUCUUUCCCUUUCACUCUCUCUCCCUUUAUCCCUCCCUCUGUCUCUUACCCACCUCCCACCCUACUCCCCUCCCCAGUGCUCCUCCCCUCCUACUCUCGGGUCGGAUCGUCCUCUCGUUCGGAAGCAGUUAGCAGCUCAGGUCCCGGGGCUCCGUCACCAUGGGCAAUGUAUCGGGCGGAAUGAGAUGUAUGAAAUAUCUGCUGUUCACGUUUAACCUCUUCUUCUGGCUGUCUGGGACUGCAGUCCUCUCGCUCGGCCUGUGGCUUCGCUUUGACUCUGAGACCACGACCAUUUUCAGUGGCGACCAUUGUCCCACGUCUUUCUAUGUCGGAGUCUACACACUGAUUGCCACUGGUGCCCUGAUGAUGCUGGUGGGGUUUCUUGGCUGUUGUGGCGUGGUGCAUGAAUCUCAGUGUUUACUUGGAGCUUUCUUCAUGUGUCUGCUGGUGAUUUUUGUAGCUGAGAUCACAGCUGGAGUCUGGGGUUUCCUGAACAAGCAUGAGAUUCUGCAAGAGAUGAGUGGGUACUACAGCAAAUCCCUGCAAGCCUAUAAAAUGACUGGAGCGGGUAACAGGACAUUACGUGCCAUUCAUAGUGUGUUGCAGUGCUGUGGAGACUCAUUACCAGAUCCUAAUGUGCAGCAUCUGUGUCCUACAUUGCAAGUGUCUGUGAACUGCACUUCGAAAUUAAAGGAAUUUUUCAACUCAAAGCUAUACAUGAUUGGAGUGGUGGGAAUCGGGAUUGCAGGAAUAAUGACUUUUCGACUGAUGUUCUUUCCUCCUGCAUUGGAGAAUUGCAUAUAUUUGGGAUGAUCUUCAGUAUGGUUCUGUGCUGUGCGAUUCGAAAUUCACAGGACAUGAUGUGACAUUUGGAUGAUUGCAGCGACUCUUUCAGUACUAUGUGCACCUUUCGAAUUGGAAAUCGAUCCAAUAUCUAGUUGCUUGUUGGUUAAUUUAAGUAGAUACCAAUUAUUUUUCUGUAUUGUGGAAAAAAACCUGGACAGGUUCUCAUUCUUGUAAUGCUUCAAUUAUUUUACAUAAACUUAUGAAAAUUCUUGCAAUUGUUUUAAACAAAAGACUCUAAAUAUAUGGUGUCAUUUGAAUAAACUGGUUGACCGGGUGAAUUUGCUGACUUAGAUACACAGAGGUCUGGUUGCCAUUUUUGUGAGACAUGGUUGCACAUUCAGGCCUGG